AUGGCCAUGGAGAAGACCCUUUCCUCGCAAGAUUCAACAUACAGAAGAAGAGCGAGGAGACGGCCAACUGUGGACUCGUCCGAGGAGAAGAUGCUACUCACCGUCGUGGUGGUUCUGCUGCUGACCGAGUGCGUGGCUGCGAGCGAUGGCGAUGGAGUUGCGGUGACACGACCGGAACGGGAGCUGGAUAUGAUGUGUCCCUGCUAUCCGUGCGGGCAACCAUGCAGCAUUCCGAGCCCCCCGCCGCCGCCGCCGCCUCCGCCACCGGCCUGCCCGCCGCCGCCGCUGCCACCAUCGCCGCCAUGCUACUCAUGUGACAAGCCGCCAACGCCGCCGUGCUACUCGUGUUACACGCCGGGGAACGUGUACCCGGUGGAUCCAGAAUACCUUCUUUCGGGGGCUUGGCGGACUCAUCACGGAUGGUGGACGGGGAUGAUAUCCUGUGGAUUACUAGCGAUGUUGUUUUAG